ACUUCCCCUCUGCCUGCCGCUCCUCCUUACUACCAACUUCCUCCAGCGAUUUCCAUUUUCCGGUUGAUUCGCCCGCUGUCCCCGCAAACGGAGAUCGAAAUCCCGAGAUGGAGGAACCUGCGAGACUUGCUUCAGAUCCUAAGAAACUAUUCAGCAGGAUCGUGGAUGGUAUCCUGGCAGUGGCAGAACAAAUCCCUAUAGAAUCUACUGCUGGGUGGGCUAACCUCGCGAAUGUAGAAAGAUGGGAGAAGGAAGUUCAGUGGAUAACAUUGAUGUGGCAGAGUCGGCUAAAUGGGAUACUAGGGGAUCAAAUGGGCUCUCAAGGAAUGAUCCCAGCACUUUCGUUUCUUGCUGAUCUCAAACGGAAUGGUCAGCAUGGUCCGUACAUGAUAGUUACUUCUAUGGAUCACAAUGGUGUUUUGUCCUGGUCGAAUUUUAUAAGGGAGCAUUCAAAUAUGAAGGAAAUGGUUUAUCUUGGAAACCGAUCGUGUCGGGCAAGGUUGAGGAAAGAGUUUGGGCCCAAAACUGUUGGCCCUGAUUUCCCCAUCAUAGUGACUACAUAUAACAUGGUCCUGGUAGAACAAAAAUGGCUAGCAAAGUGUGAGUGGAAAUACGUUAUUGUGGACGAGGGUCAUGAACUGAAGAAAUGGGAACGUGAAAUGUUGGAGGAGGUAAAGCGCCAGCCAAUGGGUCCAAUGGGUCAUAAGCUCCUUUUGAUGAGGGAACCUUUUCAAAAUAACCUAGCUGAGCUGUGGUCACUAUUGAACUUUGCUCUGCCUGAUGCGUUCUCAUCUCGUGAGGGAUUUGAUUCAUGGUUUGAUAAAUCUGGGAAAGAAGUUGAGGAACAACAAACUGAAGAGGAAAGAAGGACCCUUCUUUCAAAGCUAAAUGCCAUUUUGCGCCCAUUCCUUCUACGGGGCAUGGAGCGGGACGUAGUAAAGAAGACUAAAGUUGUCCAGAACUCGGAUGCAAUUAGUGUUACAUGCUCAAAUGACCAUGCAGCAACAAAAGGCGCAAGGACUGAUGCUGGGAGUUGUCAAGAGGUAGCAGCAAGAGUUGUUGGUGUUACUGGUGAUGAAGUGGGCCUGGAAGUGGAAGCUAAUAAGGCUCUUAAGAGGCCACGAACAAAUGAUGUAUCUAUCUCCCUGGUCAGCGAAAGAAAUCCGACUGUGCGUGUGCAAAUGGCGAAGUCAUCUUCCUCUGAAUCAAUCUUCAAGGCACUCAAAGAGAUACCUUACUUGGCCCGUACUGAUAUUCUGAGAGCCUACAGUUGUCUUAUCCGUGAUGAUCGCCUAUUGGAAUCUCUUAUGGCGCUCCCAAUGGACAUGAGAAAGGAUUGGCUGCUCAUGGAGAUUGGAAGCAAGUAGUACUUUGUUCCAUACAUUGCUCCAGCAGUUUGAAUGUACUUGCAUGUUUAAUUAGAUGUUGAACCGUGGACUAGGUAAACUUUUGAAGUCAUGCUCCUGAUGCUCCCCUCCCAAGUAGUGGUAACUAGUCUCGCUAAUGUUGGAACGAUGUCUGCCAUGGACCAGGUGCCAUGUAUGUAUACAUGGAGUUAUUAUCGUGUCGCCCUUAACAUUUUAACUAGUAUGAAGUCUGCUUAUGUCUC